AUGUCCCUCCCCUCCCUAGCCCGCUAUUCCACACGACCCCUCCUCCGCCCGCAAUCCCUCCCUCCGCAACUCACCCGCGCAUUCUCCAACCGCCCAGCCCUCCGCACCUCCGCAUCCGCAUCCACCAUCGCAACAUCCUUCCUCACGCGCUUCCAAUCCCUCGGCCCACAAACCCGCACCCAAACCCUCGACGCGAACCAACUCCAGCUCCUCUCCCUAACACUCAACCGACCCUCCCUAUUCCCCAACUCUCCAUCCCUAUCCAACACCCCGACCUCCCUACCCACCGGCACGCCCUUACCCGCCGGCUACCACCUCGUCUACUUCACCCCCGCAUUCCUAGAAAAUGAGCUCGGCGCGGACGGCACCGACACCUCGUAUAACCCUGCGUCGCCGUUCACGCGCCGCAUGUGGGCUGGCGGGGAGGUACAUUGGCCGCGGGGGAAAGAUGGGAAGCCGAAUUAUCUGAGGGUGGGACAGGAGGUGCAGGAGACGACGAGGGUGUUGAGUGCGGAGCCAAAGGUUGUGAGGAAGACCGGGGAGGAGAUGAUUGUUGUGGGGGUAGAGAAGGAGUUUCGGAAUGAGGAUGGGGUGGCGGUUUUGGAUAGGAGGAACUGGGUCUUCCGCAAAGCUCUAACUUCGCCGCCGCCUACGAGUUCAUCUACCCCUCCAGCGACAAAGGCGUUCAACGGUCCAGCUAGUUCAUCUACCCAGACGAGUGACAAUGUGCACACGCGCACGCUGCGCCAAACGGCAGUGACAUUGUUCCGGUUCUCCGCGUUGACGUUCAACCCGCACAAGAUCCAUUACUCGACGCCGUGGGCGAGAGAUGUCGAGGGGCAUAAGGAUAUUGUUGUGCAUGGGCCGUUGAAUCUCAUUUCGAUUCUGGAUUUGUGGCGCGAUACGAGGAAGAAUGAAGGUGGGGAGUUAGUUCUCCCGGAGAAGAUCUCGUACAGGGCGACCAGUCCGUUGUAUGCGGAGGAGGAGUAUCGGAUUGUGUUGGAGGAUGGAGGAGACGGAGUCGGGAAGGUGCAGAUUGUUGCGCCGGGGGAGGUGGUGGCUAUGAAGGCGGAGAUUCAAUAG